AUGAGGUACCGCAUCUCAGACCCGGACGAGUACCUGGCCAUUACAGGCAUGGGCAUCCGCAGCGUGCACAUCACAAAGGCUGCCUGGGUCUGGCCCUUUCAGCGCUGCAAACGCUUCAGCGUCCAGCCCCACGACUAUGCCAUGGACCUGCAGGCCAUGACCAAGGAGAAGCUGCAGUUCUCCCUGCCCGUCGUCUUCACCGUCAGCCCGGACGUCAACCGCCGCGGCGCAAAUGCCCCCGGCGGUGCUGUUGACGCCGGCACAAAGGGUUCCGACGGUACCCACGGGGGCUACAUUAGGAGCAACGGCAACAACCACAGCAGGGGCAACGGCCAUGGUGGCGGCAACCAGGCGGCGGCGUCUCUCGACGACGUCGAGGACCGUGGCGACUCCCUCGUCAAGUACGCCAUGCUGCUCGCCACCGCCGGCCACUUGCAGCAGGGGGGCAAGGCGGCGCUGGCCGGCUCCAAGGACGAGACGGCGCACGUGGCCAACAUUGCCAAGGGCAUCAUCGAGGGUGAGACGCGCGUGCUCGUGUCCAGCAUGACCAUGGAGGAGAUCUUUACCGAGCGCGACGUCUUCAAGCGCCGCAUCUUCCGCAACAUCCAGUCCGAGCUGGACCAGUUUGGCCUCAAGAUCUACAACGCAAAUGUAAAGGAGCUCAAGGACGCGCCUGGAUCUGUCUACUUUGAGUCGCUCUCGCGCAAGGCCCACGAGGGCGCCACCAACCAAGCCCGCAUCGACGUCGCCGAUGCCCAGCUGCGCGGCACCGUCGGCGAGGCCCAGCGCCGCGGCCAGCAGGACCGCGAGAUUGCCAAGAUCAACGCCGAGACAGCCGUUCAGAAGACGGAUCGCGACAUUGAGCGCGCCCAGGCCGAGGCCAAGCUCAACACGACCCAAGCCGGCCUCGACCGCGACGUCCACAUUGCCCGCGUCUCGGCCGAGCGCGCCCUCGAGUCGCGCGACGAGGACCUCAAGCGCGACGUCAAGCUCAAGCGCGCCGCCGCUGAGCUCGAGCGCCUGCGCGCCCUCGAUGUCGUCGCCGCCACCGCUGCCCGCGAGAGCCGCCAGCAAGCCGUCGACGCCGGCGCAUACCAGGUCCGCGCCGACGCCGAUGCCGCCGCCUAUGCCGCCGAAAAAGCCUCCGACGCCGCCGCUUCGGGCAAGCAAAAGGACGCCGAAGCCCUCGCCUGCAUGGCCGACGCCUACGCCAAGCUCGCCAACGCCUUUGGCGGGCCCCAAGGCCUGCUGCAGUACCUCAUGAUCGAAAAGAGCACCUAUGUUGAGCUGGCCAGGGCAAACGCAGACGCCAUCCGCGGCCUCGAUCGAGCCCAAGAUUACGACGGUCUCGACGCCAUGCGCAACGUCUAUCAGAUGCUGCCGCCCCUCAUGACCACCAUCCACGACCAGACGGGCAUCACCCUGCCCGAGUGGCAGUUUGGCCGCAUGAAUGCCCAGAUGAAGGCUAUAGACGACGACAGCGGCGCUGCCGCCCCAAAGGUGAAUGGCGUCAACCGAACCGAUUCUUAG